GCAGAAAGUCUCCACCCUUCCCAUACCAUACACUAUCCUCGUCGUAUUCCCCGGAUUUGUCUUAUUUUUUUUCGGUUUGACUUUUCCUAACUGUUGCUGUCUAUAUUUUCCCAUGUUGAAUUGCUAUCGCAAGAUAGAGUUGGAUUUGGGUCGACAAUUACUGGUGACUCUUAAAUUCUGACACUCGUAUCGGGAUUGUAUAUGAGACUAUACUUAGCGGUGUUGGAUACCAGAUUGCCGGCAUCGGCCAAGCUCAACGUCGGCCUUGGCACUCCCGAACUCUCAACGCAGAUAUAGUUCCCGAUUACGAGAAGCGCGAGGAGAGCAUGGGUCUAGAAAUUGAAGAGAGACCUCCAAGCAAUGUAGGUAGUACGGACACCACCCGGGACAGCGAGAAGGACAGUAUCAGAGCCGCUCCAGAAUUGCAAUCAACGAAAACGGACGAUGUCUCGGGCGACGAGGAGGCACACGCACCUGAGCGUGCUCGUUCUCACACUGCAUCGGUUCGGUCCCGAGCCGUCACCAUUAUACCGAGGGCAAGGCGCCGAGGACUGUUAGCAAGGUUGACUGUUAUCCCAGAGGUAAAAAGGCCUUAUGAGUAUACCCACCGGGUGAAGUGGACCAUCACUACCAUCGUGGCUGCCGCUGGGGCUGCUGCGCCCAUGGGUUCGGCCAUAUUCUAUCCCGCACUUUCAUCAAUGUCAAAAGACCUUGAUGCCUCAGCAACUAUUACCAACUUGUCAAUUGCAUUCUACAUGCUUGCCAUGAGUAUCUUCCCACUCUGGUGGUCGUCCUUCUCUGAAACCCUGGGGCGGCGCAAUAUCUACCUCAGCUCCUUUACUCUGGCAAUCGUCUUUGCCGUUCUUAGUGGGUUGAGCGUGAAUGUGGCCAUGCUGAUCGUCAUGCGAAUCCUGUCGGGUGGUGCUGCCGCCUCAGUCCAAGCUGUUGGUGCUGGAACAAUUGCGGACAUCUGGGAAAGCAGGGAACGAGGUCGCGCCAUGGGAGUGUUUUACCUUGGCCCUUUGAUGGGACCUCUGUUCGCCCCGAUCAUUGGCGGUGUUCUUGCCGAAGGAUUUGGAUGGCGAUCUACCAUGUGGUUCAGCGCUGCCUAUUCGGCCGUUGUACUUGUCCUGCUCACCUUCUGUCUCCCCGAGACUUUGGCAAAGAAGAGACCAGCGGCCCCCGAGGCUUCGCGGUCAAGCGGGCGUCCAGACGCACUCUCGCGCGUGUCAACCGCCUGCUCGGUUCAGAUGCGCACCAAACUGGUCGCUGGAUAUCUCAAACGGUGUUUCCUCGAUCCACUCCAGGUCAUAACGUAUCUACGUUUCCCAGCCGUCGCUCUCGUCGUCUACUACGCAGCCAUUACCUUCGGCGCGCUAUAUGUACUCAACAUCUCAGUCCAAUCCGCCUUCUCUUCUUCACCCUACAACUUCUCCGCCCUCCUCGUCGGCCUCCUCUACAUCCCAAACUCCAUAGGCUACUUCCUCGCCUCCAUCUUUGGCGGUCCGUGGAUCGACCGUAUCAUGGUCCGGGCCGCCGAGAAGGCCGGCCGCUACGAUGCCGACGGCAAGCUCAUCUACCUCCCCGAAGACCGCAUGCGCGAGAACAUCUGGAUCUCCGCUACGCUGUACCCCGGCGCGCUGAUUUGGUAUGGCUGGGCGACCCACUAUGGCGUUCACUGGAUCGUGCCUAUGGUGGCUAAUUUCUUCUUUGGCGUGGGGAGCAUGUUGGUUUUCAGUGCGGCUACGACGAUGUUGACCGAGUUCAUGCCGCGUAAGAGUAGCAGUGGUGUGGCGUUGAAUAAUUUUGUUAGAAAUAUAUUUAGCUGUACUGGAGGUAUUAUUGCGCAGCCGCUGAUAGAUGCCAUUGGCCAUGGGUGGUUGUUUACCAUUCUGGGGCUUGUGGCUUGGGUGAGUGGAAAUGCGAGCAUUUGGCUGUUGAGGCGGAAUAGUGAGAAGUGGCGGACGCAGAUGGACAAGGCUCUUAACCCUCAAUAACCACUGUGUGGAAGGAUUGAAUACUAAGUUAGAUUAGACUGCAUAAUCACAGCAAAGAAUAUAAUCAAUGAG